AUGCCUGGCCAUUUCCCACAUGCAGAGACUGGCCAUCCUCUGGUGGAUGCCAACCCCACAACUCACUGGCCAAGUGGCAUAGAAGGGAGCCAGGUUGUAAAUAGUGCACCGAAAAAUGCCUCGCGAUGGGGGGUUACUGCGCUUGCUAGAGAGAAUGAUCGACUUAAGCGGGAACUUGAAAGUCAGCACGAUGUGGUGGUUCAUUUAAAGAGCAAAUGCGAAGAAUAUGCCACCCAGGCUGAGGCGAAAUUCCGAAAUGACGCCGCCCAAAUUGCAGAUUUGCAACAUGAGCUGCAAGAAUCAAGAACCGAGAAAGAGGAUUUGUCGCAGAAUCUGGAAAGCUGCAAAGACCGCAUCUUCAGCAUGUUGCCGGUGGAAGGAGUGGCCGAUACUCAGCUGCAGAAUCAAUACAUCAUGUUGUGCAACUCCAUCGAGUAUUGGCUGGACAAUCAUUUUGGCGAUGCGGAUGGCUUUAUCGCUACUCUUGGUCAGGCAGGAAAGACAAGAGCUCGAGGGAAUUUGAUAACGGAAUAUCUUGACGAAGCAGUAAUCGUCUUCGCGAAUAAGAAUCCAAGCGUUGAGAUUCCGAUUAUGCAAAUGCUGGUCUUCUUGCAUCUGUAUGAGAAUCUGCUUGGAGAGGACAGGAUCUUCCCAGGUCUCAGCCACGCCGAAGAAGAAUGUCUGGGAAUGGUCAUCGAAGGAUUGAACGAUCUGAACCCUGCUAAAGAUAAGGAUGCCAUCCUGAUGUGGAAACUGCGCGAGAAGAGACUGAGCGAAAUUGGAGAAUACAUUAUGCGAUGUCCACAGCUGUUGAAGGGCAAGGGUUUUCAUGGCUGUUCCGGCAAUCCGUCGCUAUGCCAUCAAAUUGUCCAAGAAGUGGGAGACCUGGCCAACAACAUUCGGCAGUCGAUGGCGGAAUACGAAUUCGUGGUCGUCGACCCUCGAGAGAUCAAAGGGGCGGAGGUCAAAUAUUUCACGGUUAUCGAUAGCCGGACUGGCUUUGCCUUGAGUUCUUCUGCCGUUCCAAUUGCAGGUCCCGGAGGGAGAGUUGGCAGCAUUUGGUUCCAGAUCUAUCCUGCAUUUGUACGCAAAGCCACGGAAUCCAGCAAGCGGAUUGUGCUCGUCAAGCCCACGGUUGUGGUGAAGUUUGACCAUCCCGUUCCGCGUGGAAAGAAGAGCAAAUCGUCUCAUUGA